GAGCAGUUCACGGUGCGAUUAUUCCGAGGUGAUGUAUCGUCGUGGAAGCACGUGUUACGCGCGUAUCGCGAAAUAAAAUUCGUGAAAACAAUAAAACCAGUCCGUUAUGAUCGAUAGCGUGGCCGCGGCCGACUCGAUUUACAAGUGAAAAUAAACAUUUUAUCGGAUAUCGUGUAUCGAGUUCAUAGUUACCAAUUGUUUUGUGUUUCGCGAAAAGUUCACUGGUUCUGUGAUUCUUCUGGAAAGCUGAUUUAUUUUUUAUUUUUUUUUCAUUCAGAACUGUGGAAUUAAUUUGGAUCUUUCUACACUGCGACUACAUGGAUAAUAUUUAAUGAUCUCGUUUCUCACUUGGCGAUGUACCUGAUACAUUUCACGGCAAGAAUGUUGGAAAUACCAGAAUUCGUAUGUGAUAAUAUAUCAGAAGCUAGUUUCGUCACAACUGUAGAAGAAGCGAGCCAAAUAGACCAGUGCACACAGACGCCACCUUGCGGGAAGGUGAAGGCGCGCCUACAAAGGUUUCACACCAGUGAACACCUCUACGAGCGUCACAAACCGUACAGAACGAAGGACUAUCGACCAAAGAGCUUGGGCCUGUGCGAAUCGUACCCAUGUUUUGGAAAACCACCGAGCUAUGACAGUGGGAGUCAGGUUAAGUUCAAGGCAGCCACAGAUAGUCCCACAAUAUCAGUAACAGCGCCACAUAGUCUGGAGUAUGAUUGCGGAAAGGGCGCUAGCACGCCCAAUGGUAGCAUAACUCCAAACAUGAUUUCUGGAAAGUCAACAGCUACUGUCCUUCUCAGCCCUGGGUACAUGCAGCAUUGCCAGUGUAAUCAGAGUAUCAGGAGCGUGAGCGAAGUGGCUCUAGCGAUGCCAGUAAACAAUUGGAGCGAAGAGCCUCCAGCCCCCGGCUCACCAGAUGGCCUCUCUUGGCGGAGGCUGCAUAUGUCGAGAGCCAAAUUGAAAGCCACGGCCACUACCUCGGAAUUACUGUCCGGUUUCGCAAUGGUAGCAAUGGUGGAACUUCAGAUCAACGAGCCCACAAACGUACCGGAGUGGCUUUUCGUAAUGUUUGCAGUGUGUACCACAGUAUUAGUGGCUGUGCAUAUAUUUGCGUUGAUGAUAUCCACAUAUUUAUUGCCAAAUAUCGAUGCGGUUAGCAAAAUGGAGCCCGGCUAUCCGUCAAGGGCACUGCGGGAGUCACCUCAUGAAAGGAUGAGGGGGUUUAUAGAACUCGCAUGGGCGUUUAGUACUGUUUUAGGUUUAUUCCUUUUCCUAGUGGAGAUAGCUAUACUAUGCUGGGUUAAAUUCUGGGACUAUUCUUUUGCGGCGGCCACGGCAGCUACAGUCAUUGUCAUUCCAGUACUUAUAGUUUUCGUGGCAUUCGCAAUCCAUUUCUACCAUUCCCUCGUGGUGCAGAAAUGCGAGACUUCAGUACAAGACAUCAAGCAACUCGAAAAUAUGAAACGGGACUUAGACACCGCGACUGUUAAAGUCAAUAUGUACCCAUGAUGCGGCUAUGCAGAUUUAGAUAAAAAUUUUACUACUUGCAAUUGGGCUUCGACUCCCGCAUUUUAUAGGAAAAUUGCGAUGCAUUUGUGACGAAUAAUGUUCGAUAGAUUAAUAACGACGAUAACUUAAUCGAAAAUAUUAUCGAUACAAACAUCGAAUAGAUAGAACAACGAUAUAUAAAUCGAUGUGCAACAAAAUUAUUUUUUAGCUUAUGAAUGAUCUUAAAAUAUCUUAUUAAUCUCGACUACGAAUCUUAUACAGUAUUUUCUGUGUAUAGUUUUAGAUAGCAUUAUUAAGGCUAUUUAUAUAUAUUUUGUUGGUUUAUUUAUUAUUAUUCUAUUAUUUUACCUAUAAAAACUAUAUGUAAAUAACUAUAUUCCACUUAGUUGUGUAACAAUGCAAAUAUUAUUUAUGGUCCGAGUACUAUAAACAUUGCGACAAUAUUCUGCUAAUACAUAUUAUAAACGCGAUGUAUUUUUGUAAGACUACAUGAAUUUUGGAACAGCUUUUGAUGAUACUUGGCAGUGAUGUUGCUUAGAUACCAGAGCUAGAGAAAUACUUGCUAUAGACCGUGGGUGAACAUGUAUAAAACUAAAGUGAAGAUAUAUUAGGUAAAAUUUAUUAUUUCUGUCAUGUAAUUAACUAAAUAUUAUAAUUUGAAAACAACAAUCAGUUUGAAUAUAGAUGAGAAAGCGAGUCUUAAAAAAGAGUCGAGUAAAAUGUGAGACGUACAAUUUGUUCUGAAGUAAUUAGGUAAAUAAUGAGUGUUCAUAGGUCACCUAUAAAAGAAAAUAUUAUAAUUUUUGUUGGUGACCUAUACCUAGAGAACAGUACAUAAAGAAUAUUAUUACACUGAUGUCACUAUUUAUUUUUAUUUUUGUUCUCCAAGGACAAUAAAAUAUGAUGAAAACAUUUUAGAUCCUUUUAUUUUUAAGGAUUAUUGGCUAUAGCUACCGACUGAUGAAAUUCUUAAUUGAAUACUUGCGCUAUUCUAAAAUUAUUAAAAUAGUUUUGUUCACAAUAUUAAAUAGGCUCAAGUAAAAUGUAAUAAUUUAUUAAUGAUUGUAAAUUAUACAAAUUUACAUAAUGAAUAAACAAUUUAAUGUAAAAUCUCUUUCAUAUUUAGAGGUAGGUACCUAUCUAGGUAUCUAUCAAGAAAAAUAAAAAUUCCUGUGUAGUGAUUAUAUAGGGAAAAUUUUUGUUUUAAAUUUAAAUAUGACAGCUACUUCCGUUCCUUAGAAUUUAUAAUAUGUUAAUUAUAAUAAUAGACAUAAAUAUUUGGAUAUAUGUAAGUCUCUUUCUAGCUAAGUACUAUAUACUAUAAAAUAUGACGCUGAAAAGAUUAUUUGUUGUUUAAGCGUGAAUCAGGAACUGUUGCACCGAUUUAUAAAAUUCUUCACCCUUUGAUAUACUAAUGCCCGAGUGAUAUAUAUUACAGACGAAGGCGGCACGGCCCGCUUAGCUAUAAGUAUUAUAUCAAUGAGUAUAUAAGAUUUGUACUAUGAAAUAUAUUAGCAUAUUAUAGACAAUUGAAUUUAAAGACUGUCGAAUUAUAGGUGCUGUUGAAAACUAUCUGCGGACCAAUGAUAUCAGUAUUGACUUAUUGAUAAGAUUUAAGUAACUAUUACUUUGAUGCGAAAUAUUUUGAUAUUAUAUUGUUGUUAUUUCGAUUAUGUUAAGUAAUAAACGAAUCUUUAAAA